AUGAAGAGCCUGCUCUUGACCUCCAUGCUUCUGGGGCUGGUGGCUGUCCUGAAGGCCCAAGAACUUCCAACAGAUGACCAGGAAGAUUACUCUGGGACCUGGUAUCCAAAGGCCACAAUAUACAAUGGCAGCCUACCCAGUUACAAGAUACCCUCAAAGGUUUUCCCUGUGAAGGUGACAGCCGUGGAAGGAGGAGACCUGGAGGCCAACAUUAUAUUAUGGAUGAAUGAUCAGUGCCACGACAUUAAAAUUCUGAUGAAGAAAACUAAGGAGCCUGGCAAAUUCACCUCCUUUCACGGCAAGAAGUCCAUCUAUAUCACACAGCUGCCGGUGAAGGACCACUACAUCUUCUACUGUGAAGGCCAUUACCACGGGAAGUUCUUUGCCAUGGGAAAGCUCAUGGGGAGAAACCCUGAGGAAAACCCAGAGGCCAUGGAAGAAUUUAAGAAAUUUGUACAGCGUAAGGGACUCAAAGAGGAAAACCUCCUUGUCCCAGAGUUGAAAGCCCUGCUGCCAGCAGAGACAUGGAAAAAGUACAGUGACAUUGUUGGGCUGGUGUCCAAGGAGCAUAGCAUCGGACUUCCUGGAGAGCCUUGUGAGGUCCUAGAACACCACCUGGGACAUGGUGGCCACAGUGUGGGAGAAGAUGUACCGAUCCCAGGUGAUCAAUACAGCCUCAGAGUGCAAACCCCAUGGUGCUGGCUGUCCAGCAUGUCACCUCUGCUGAGGGUUGCUGGAACUCAGGCUAGUGCCCCUCAGCUCAGUGACCCUCCUGUCUAA